AUGACUUCAGAGACAAGGGACGCUGUCAGCAAUGUUGAGACUGAGUUUUUGGAGAUUAAUUCCAAGGGAGCGUGGGCUAUUUUGUAUCAGCAAAUUCGCAAUGAGUCGAGUAAUUUUGAUUACUCGUGCAAUGAGUCCAAGAAACUGCAAAAUAAAAAUCUUAAUCGGUACAGAGACGUUGCGCCUUAUGAUCAUACAAGAGUCGUUUUACAUAGGGGCUCUUGCGAUUAUAUUAAUGCGAAUCUUGUUAAGAUGGAAAAAGCAAACCGGCAAUAUAUUUUGACUCAAGGACCAUUGCCAUACACAGCUGGACACUUUUGGUUGAUGGUUUGGGAGCAAAAUUCAAAGGGUAUUCUUAUGUUGAACAAAGUUAUCGAAAAAGAGCAAGUUAAGUGCCAUCAGUACUGGCCCCUCGGUGGCUCCAACAGCUCUAUGACAUUUCCCGACGUUAAUUUAAAAGUGGAAUUUGUUAAACGGAUCGAAACUUCUCACUAUACUACUAGUACACUGAGAUUAACGGAUUUAGAUUCAAUGAAAAGCAGAGAAAUUUUACAUUUUCACUACAUCACAUGGCCCGAUUUCGGAGUUCCUCAAAGUCCCGUGGCAUUUUUACGGUUCUUAGUUGAUGUCAGAAAAUCUGGCGCUCUUGACUCAAAUGUUGGGCCACCAAUUGUUCAUUGUUCCGCUGGAAUCGGUCGUUCGGGAACAUUUUGUCUCGUUGAUACUUGUCUUAUUUUGAUCGAGAAAAAUGGAUUAAAUUCAGUAAAUGUAAAAGAAGUUUUGCUGGAAAUGAGACGGUCUCGUAUGGGGCUUAUUCAAACACCCGAUCAGCUUCGGUUUUCAUAUGCAGCAAUAAUCGAAGGAGCUAAACAACUGCCUUCUAAUAACGUGAAUUUGGACGAUAGUAUUGAAAUAAUAAAUCACUACGAUGUCGUGAAUAAUGAUAUCAUGAAUUCAUCUCAAGAAGAAGAUGAUGAACCACCACCAUUACCUCCUCCUCGCGGCGACAGUCUUACAAGAAGUAUGAUGUCUGAUUUGACACCUAGCCCUGUCUCGGAAAAUGAAAAUGGAACUGGUCCUCCAAAUAAACCAUUACCUAUGGAACCACCGAUAUUAAUCGAUAAUAUUAAUAAAAUAACAACAAACUCAAAUAAUGUACAUGAAAAUAACGUUGAUGCGGCAAGUGAAGAAAACAGCGAAAAUUCAUUACUUAAAGACAGUUCUCCACGUAGCGAUACAUCAGACACGAAAAAUGAAUUACGUCAACGUCACCAGGAGAAGAAAGAUCGACUGGCGAAGCAGGUGCGGGAAAUGAAACGUCGCCAACAGCAAACGGAAAAUUGGCAAAAUUUCAAGAGGUCAAUAUUCAAGCCCGUAACACUAGGCAUAGGUACCAUCAAAAAGCGAAACAACGGAAUCAAGUGAAGUACAGGAGGAAGCUGAAUCUACUUGAUGAUCAAAAUAAAAAGAAGAAUAAAUUAUUUUUUACGUUUAAAAAUAAAACUUAA